AUGGAAAAAAAUAUUCAAGAUAUACAAUUACUUCAAGAGUAUCUUAACCAAUGUAAUAAUGAAAUACAAGAAAUAGAUAGAAAAAUGGAAGAGACAGGUGACAGUCUUGAAGUAAUAAAAAAUACAAUGAUUCAACAAUCAAAAAUGAUGAAUUCUUUUAUUUCUGAAAAAUCUUUUGAACUAACAAAAAAAAUACAAUGGAAUGGGAAUCAAAACACUACAAAAACAGUAACAGAGGUUCAAGGGAUAGUAGAAGAAUUGAAAGGUAUGGUUACUCAAUUUCAAAGAGUAAAAGAAAUAUAUGUUAUUGAUGAUGACAUGGAGCCAAUUGUUAUUGACGAUGAUGAUGAGACUAUAUCUGUAUCAUCUCAUUCAACACAAAAAACAACAUCCCUCUUUUUGGUUCAAUUUACUAUUGCCCAAGAUCCAUGGAUCGAGUGGGGAAAAAUAUUAAACUUAAGGUGUAUGGAAAAUCAAAAGAAUGAAAAUGAUUGUGAAUUACUUCAAGAUGCUUUUGAAGAAAUAUUUGAAAAAGUUGCUAUCACAGUUCUUAACAAAGUACCAAUUUCUAGUUAUAAAUUAUAUCAAUUAACUAUACAAUCACCAUACGUUAUUUUUGGAGAACGUAUUGUUGAUCUCGCAGUUUCACGUUUAAUGAAUAACAUGAAAUCAGAAACAGAGAUUGAAAAAUCACUUGAAAAUGAUUUAAUAACAUGGAUUGCUAAAACAGCCCAAGAACAAGCUGGUGAUUUUCUUAGAGCAAUUAAAGAAGACAAAUUCUUUGAGGAUGAAGAGGUUAAAAAGUACUUAGCAGAAAGAAGGGGUAUUGUUCUUGACGAUUUGAAGAAGAUGAAAGAUGAAGAUUUUGAUAAUUUAAAUAAACACAAUAGUCCAAAGGAGGAUCUUUAA